GUGUCUGGGGCGUUUCACUGGGACAGCCCGGUUGUGUCCGGGUAAGAUGGCGUUGGAAGAGCAGUGCUCGGCACCACCUCGAUGGCGGUCCAUAUCUUUGACACACGUAGAGUUCCCCGAGGGUGAGUAAAUGUAAUGUAUUUCUCUUUCUACUGAAACUGACAGCCGCUCAGUACAUUUGGAAGUGUGCGUGUGUGUGCUCGCUGCUGAAUGGACUCGGCCGCUGGUGCAGCAGCUGCCAAACUGUGAGCUGCUGUAAAACCUGAAGCUCAGCGGGGAAUGAAGAAACCCGGACUGCCAAAUUGUAAGACAACGCGCAUGCGCAUGAGGAGACAACGUCCACAAUGAAGGCUAGUUAGCCUGUUAGCUAUUUUAAAAUCGGCUUUGAUAUGUUCUGUAAGCAGAAAAUAAAAUACGGUUUUGCAAAGCCCCGUGAUAAAUAUUUGACAAAACCCAAGCACCUUUAACGAGAAAUUAUAUUUUUAACCGUGGUGACAAUAAAUGGCUAAUUCGCCUUACAGGAAAGUAGCCGUGGCUGUGGCUAAGGUAUUAGCUAGCUCCUGGGUUUGAGUAUGUUUAAUAUAACAAGCAAAUCCGAUUACUCAAAGAUAUUUGAUGUUACAAAACCAAAUUAUGUGGUCUGUUACUUUACAUAAAUUCCGGCUGAGUGUUUUUAACAAAGGAGGAUCACACUUUGUUCCCAGAGUUAAACAUUUUAUCCAUCCGGGUUCACUGAGCGUCUCCAAGUAUCACUCCCACCUCUGCUAGAAAGCUUCACUUGUCUUUUAUCAAUCCCUUAAUUUUAAUAAUGUGUAACUUUGUUCCAGAUGACCUGACGGGACAUGUCCUGGCCUAUAUCAGUCUCCUGCCCAUUGCAAUCCUUGUGGGUUUUGUUACACUGAUAGUGUUUAAACGGGAGCUGCACACGGUGAGUUCUGCACAGGCACUAGAAGUGUUAUUUUGCAUAAAGAGCAUCACUUUACAAGCCCAUUUUCUGAACACCAGGGACACUUUUGACAGAUAGGCCUUGUGUUUUUUCAUUUCCCAUUUGUUGACCUAUGCAUUUCUUUAAACAGAUUUCCUUCUUUGGGGGGCUCAUCCUAAAUGAAGGGGUGAACUGGUUGCUAAAGCACAUUCUCAGAGAGCCGCGCCCAUGUGCAGGUAAAUCGUUCACUCAGUCAUCAAAAUUAAUCCAGCCUUAAAGUAGUCCAGGUAGAGAAAGUGGUACUUGUACCUCAGAGCUGCCAAGCGUCACGCUUUCAGUGUGACAGUCACGCAUUUUGACCCAUUCACAGACCACACGCUACGCUUGACAUUUCUCACGCUUAUUUUUCCCCAUUCAAUACUCUGUAUUUAUUUUUUUCAAAAUAAUACACUUAGCUUGCUCUAAUUCGAGUAACUCUGAUUGACUGACCGAGAUAACCAAUCCCAGACCAACCUAUCAGUCUUUUGUGCCUAAAGGUCCUUUAAACACUGGGAACGACGCAAAUAUACGACGCGAAAUUACGAAGUAUUCGGAGGCGAAUUUUUACGCGCCUGACUAUACAGAUCAAGCGCAAUGCGAUUUUGCGACUUUCUGGGGGGAAAAAGACGUGUCCUGGGUGGAAGCGAGAAGACUGACACAACACCAGACUGACUGUUUUUCAGUUCUGAUUAGACAGUAGUGUUGAGAUGACUGUCUGUCAUGAUAGCAUGUACUGAGUCAGGGCCAGUACCAGAUAAGCACAUUAAACUAAUCCAUAAAUGUAAGGUACCAACCAAGACCUAAUGGUGCUGUGACAGCAACGCGACUUGAGUUUGAGACAGUGAAAAUACUUAUGGUAUGUUGUAUCUGAACAGGUUAGCUUACAAGCUAAAGUUACUUAGCACAGAUGAAAGUUAAAACAGACGUUUAGCAAACUGUUAAAGCACACAAACCAUCGUUGGCCAUGUUGGAUAUACCGGUGAAUCAGACGUCGCAACAACACGCAAUCUGAUUGGUCAGAAGUGGACACACAGUAUGCGAAACUUUAGAAAAAUUGACCGUGAUACAAAAAUUAAAUGCAGAAAUAUCGCAGGACGGGAAAACGUUGCUGAUAUGAGCGCUUGUACUGACAGGAUACGGGUUCGAAAAAAAUACUGAGGUCCGAAAUAAUCGCAUGAAAAAAACGGUUCCGGUGUGAAAGGACAUCGAUGCUGCGUUCCAGUUACCUUGGAAGUCAGAUGUCGGAGCUGAAAAUGACUGAAGUGCUAAAAUAACUUUCGUAGAUGUAGCCAUCUUGUUUCCGCCUCUGAUUUUGCUCUUUUCCUACUUGGUAACUGAAACACUGAGUUUUUUGGGGGUCUUGGCAUCUCUAAUUAUCUUUCACACACAACAGCGCCGACAUUUAAAACCCACUCGACAUAAAGCAAUAUUGACAAAUAAAUGUAUUUUGUCAAAAUUCUUAUUACAAUUUUCAUUUCUAAUUUCUGGUUACUUAAGACUAGCAUAAGGGAGAGCAGCUGGCAUGGAGGUGAGGACAUCAGUCUUAAGGUAUAAAUCGACGUCAAAAAAGGCAAAAAAUAUUUGCCGCCGACACUUAAGUCUCACUCUUGUCAUUUUCUGAAACUUGGCAGCCCUGAUAUGUAGCACACGUUCUUGGGUAUUUAAUGAUGCUGAGAGAUAAGACAGCAAAAAGGGCGCAAUUCUCACAUUUGGAGAAGCAAUGACUGAAAUUAUUGUCAAUCUAAAAAGUAAACCCCUUUGUUGUUGGUUUGACCAGUUGGGCUUGCCUAUGUAAAAAUGUUCUCUAUAUUCUAAAUGUUAACAUCCUGUUCUUUUGUCUCUCUGCAGGGGCUCACUCCACCUUAAACACAGAGUAUGGGAUGCCCUCCAGCCACUCCCAGCUUAUCUGGUUCUUUGUUGUUUACUUCUUUCUUUUCCUUUAUUUAAGGUAAGCUUGUUUGUUUUGUGUUGUGUGUGUUUGGGGAGGAUUCAGGGUGAAAGUGUGUUGCUCUGAAAGUCUAAGUACAACUACUUGUACAUACACUUGCAUCCCUACCACCUAAGAUAGUUUCUAUGCACUAUAAACUUUCUGUGACACAUAUAACUUUCUUUGAACUACUGCAGUCCAAGCCUUAUUUUACAUCAUAACAUGGACUACACACCUGUUUUUGUUUACGAGCCAUAAGAGGGCUUAACUUCAUGUGUACAUGAGAAAGAUGUUAUGUUGUGAACUUCUUUAAUCUCUAUUUUUUCAGAAUGCAUCAAACAAACAAUGCUCGAUGUGUGGACCUGUUAUGGAGACACAUAUUGUCCAUCAUCCUGUUGGGCAUAGCCUUAUCAGUCUCAUACAGCAGGUAAGAGACCAUAAAAAGUCCUCAGAUCAUUUCUUGAACCUUAAGUGAAAGCAGAAGAAGAUGACUCAAUUUAAGGUUGUAAAAUGGUGUAUUGUGUUCAAUGUAUUUUUAUGAGAUUUCUUGUUUAGAUUUAAGGGUUGAGUCCAUGUUAUUUCUGUAAUUAUUAUCAGGCUAAGUGUAGCUUCCCUCACAACUUUCAAACUAAACCACCUAAAACUAAAGUUGCACUAUUUUCCUGUUAAACAUCAGUGUCAGCUGUCAUGAAUAUUGUUGACAGCUGUUGGCUAUCUGCAGGUAAGGUGUCAUGAACUGAUGUCUGGUAGCUGAUAUUCAUCGGCUGUGUUGCAUCAAUUAAAUGCUGGUAUGCCUCACUGUUGAUUCUGAAAUUGGAAUUUUAUUGGUCUUAAUGAAUCCCACAUGAAGGCCAAAAGGUGCUUGUGCUCAAAUGUGAUUUGUUCAUGAUGAAACAAAGACAAUGUCUGCAGAGUAGCAGUGACAAUAAACACUGUCUGUGAGAAAGAUUAGCAACAUGCUGUUUGUAAGGAUUGUUACAGUGACUGCUUACAGCAAAUCUCGUGGGACAUUUAAAUACAGAAACGUAAGAAUUACAAUGAGGUGAAGAAAAAACACCAUCAUUGGCUAACUUGUGUUUAAACUGUGGCGUUGGCCUUGUUUUUAGCAACCGUGUAACCCAAAAAUAAAAGGUUUAGAAACUGAGGUUCUUCGUAGCAUGCAGCUGCGUUGAAGUUUUAGAGAAUGUACUGGACUCCUGUUAUUUCAGUGGUAUUACUUGUUUAUUUUUUGUUACCUUUUUUGCCCCUUAAAAUGACAGAGAAAGACAACGGGGCCAGUACAGAAAUGACUGACAUUUUAACGAGUUAAUUUUAGUUGCUUCUGAUCCUUCGAAGAGCAACGUCUAGGUAACCAUAUGUACAAAAAGGCUUGUCCAGAGUUGUUAUUCUUCCUCGUUUAUCCACAAUCUCAGAUUUUUUGACAGAGAGGAUUUGUGAUUGUGAUGCCUGUGAAAUAACAUGUUUUAGAAGUUGUGGGUUAUCAGCUGUUUAAUGGAAAAAGGAGAACCUCAGAACUUACAGGAUAUAAUGCACCGUACUCUUCAUUUCUGAAUACCCAUGCUGAUGUUUCCUGCUUCAUUUUGUAAUGCUUAUUACGUCAUUACCUUUUUUUUUAAAAUUGAGAAGAUGUUUUGGUCAACCAAAUGUCACGAAUGGUUAAAAAUGCCUCCCAAAAAUAUUCACCUUUUCAUGUGAUUCUAAGUCAAGAAUCAAAAAUAUUGAAUUGAAAUAGCUAUUUUGAACGUGUAAAAAUAGAGGGGAAUAAAUUAUGACAAAAAAAAAAGAAGAGCACAGGAACACCUAAUGAUUGAUUUUACAUAUGCAGAAAUACAUCUUAUUUAAUCCCACUGCGUCUCAAUACAUCAAGGAUAAAACAUAAUUUUGCUUUCAUAUUGAUGGUCAGAGUUUUGGUCAAAGCCCUGCGCUUCUUAAGUUUAUUUCAGACCAGAGCUUUGGAAAUCAGAGCAUUUCAUUGAUAAUAGAUUUGUCAGUACCUGUGUGCAUAAAAAUGUGAUCAUUAUUUGGCUGAAUUUCACUGUAUUAGUCUGUAUUUUGGCUGUGUUGUGAAUAUAAGGGGUUAUUUGUGAAAGCUGGUCGAAGUGUGCUGUCCUUUAUACUGAGUUUUUUUCUCCUAUCCGUCUUUAGGGUGUACCUGUUGUAUCACACCUGGAGCCAGGUUUUCUAUGGCGGAGUGGCCGGUAGUACGAUUGGCAUAGUCUGGUUCUUUUUCACUCAAGAGGUGCUGACACCAUUAUUCCCUAAAAUAGCAGCAUGGUAAGUAGUGCCCUCAUUUCUCUGCUUCCUCCUUUUGUCACAGGGGAAGACGGUUCCUCCUCAGCCUGAAUAAAUGUCUAAAAAGCGCUCUAUUAUGGCUGCUCUCAUUAUGCCUUCUUCACUUUCCUCGACUUUGAUUAACAGGCCAAUAUCAGAGUACUUCCUGGUGCGAGACACAAGCCUGAUCCCCAACAUCUUAUGGUUUGAGUAUACAGUGACCAGAUCAGAGGCAAGGUAAGCCGCUGUUUUGGAUGUCCAGUAUUUUAAAUCACACCACAUAGUGACACUGAAACUUUACAGACACACCCUGAUGAUUGAGGCGGUGCUAGAGGCUUGUUGACAAGCGGUAUAAUGUUCGAUUGUAAGACGGCACACGAGGGACAAUUCAAAUCGAUGAGAUGAAAACUGAACGACCUUACAAAAAGCAGGGAGCGCUAUCUGCCUUGGACUUCUCUGGUUAGAUGUUAUUUGGUGUCACAGAUGAUAGCUGCAGAUGGAGGACUUUGUAGUUGAGGAUGUUGCUGGUGUUAAUUUUCCACAGAUGGUUCCUCUUAUCAGGAUUACUAAUCAUGAUUAAUGUUGGUUUUAGAGACAUUUUUAUGUAAAUCAGUGAUUUUUAAAACAUACUCCUGCAUGUCAUUUACUGACAGUUAUUGACGGCUCUGCCCUGGUGUUUUUGGCUCAUCCAGGCUCUAAGCACUUGUAUCAAAUGUAGGAGCAAGUCUUAUUGGAUCUUGGAGUUGGUUUUGAUGAAAAUACAGUUUAACACUGGACUUUUAUUUGGUGUAUUUUUACAUUGUGGUAUUAAAAAGUAAAUUAUCUUAACUAUUUGAAUCCAUUUGAAUCAUGCUCAAUAUUAUCGGCAUUAUAUCAGUAUUGCCAUGGUAGCGGUAUCAGCAGAUAGUAGCUUAUGGAGCUAAGGUUUUUGGUCUGGUUCUAAAACAGACUGUCACAAAAGAAGUAACAGGAUAAUACUAUUGCAGUUUAUGGAUUUAGAAAUAAAUUGUGUUAACAGAAAAUGGAUUUCGAUAUGUUUUUAAGCCAAUGAAUGCAGUGAUUUCCACUACAGAGUCAUGUCUGUUUUUCAUGCAAUAUCACACUAAAGGGCCAAAGAUCGCAGCCAUCCAGUAUUGGUUUUGGGCUUUGUCCCUUUUACAGAGAUUUCUCCAGAUUCCAUAAACAUCCUAACUAUUAAGGUCCUUUCACACUGGGAGUGUUUUUUUUGUGCGAUUAUUUCGGACGUCAAUAUUUUUUUUUUGUCAAUACAAGCAUUCACGUUUUCCCAUCCUGCGAUAUUGCGGUAUUUAUUUUUUUGGAUCACGGUCGAUUUUUCUAAAGUUUCGCAUACUGUGUGUACACUUCUGACCAAUCAGAUUUCGUGUUGUUGCAACAUCAGAUUCACCGGUAAAUCCAACAUGGCCAACAGGCUGAUUGUUAGCGUGUCGGAGAACAGAGUGCUUUUUGAUAAAAAACACAAAUAUUACAAAGAUAACGACCCGAAGGACAACUUGUGGAGAGUCAUAGCGCCAGAUUUCUCAUAAGACGAUGGUUUGUGUACUUUAACAGUUUGCUGAACGUCAUUGUUUUAACUUUCAUCUGUGCUAAGUAACUUUAGCUCGUAAGCUAACCUGUUCAGAUACAACAUACCAUAUGUAUUUUUACUGUCUCAAACUCAAUCGCGUUGCUGUCACAGCACCAUUAGGUCUCGGUUGUUACCUUCAAUUAUGGAUUAUAGUUUAAUGUGCUUAUCUGGUACUGACCCCGACUCAGUACAUGCUAUCAUGACAGACAGCCAUCUCAACACUAGUGUCUAAUCAGAACUGAAAAACAGUCAGUCUGGUGUUGUGUCAAUCUUCUCGCUUUCACUCGCUUCCAUUUCGUUAUUGCGCGUCGUAUACUUGUGUCGGUCCCAGUGUGUAAGGACCAUUAUAGUGUUAAUAUUGUAUGUUUUGGAGACACAAAAAGCUCAUGGAAAGUGCCACCUUUGUCUUGUAGAAGUUAAAACACAACAUUGAUUUUUUUUAAAAAUUCUUCGAUCUUUUAAAUUUGCCGUUUGUUUUUUGUUUUUCCAGGAACAGACAACGAAAGCUUGGAACAAAACUUCAGUGAUCUGCACAUUUCCUUUGUGAAAACUGAGUUUAGGACCACAAAAACACACAAACACACACCCCACAUACUCACACACAUAUACACAAACACACACACUCUUGUACACAAACACAAACAAAAAGCUCACUUGACAAAAACACACUGGAGAAUCAUCUUCUGGACUGACGCGGUUGCGAGGAGAAAAGGGCAGAAACCGUUUACAGGUGGCGACAGAGUGCCUGGACCUGACCCGGAGCCUACAGCCUGAGCAAGUCCGUCCACACGCCUCUCCUCCUUGUACAGCUUGCCCACAAUGCUCUUCAGUGCAUGCAAGACUGUGCAAGAGGCAUACUAUUUAAUGAUAGAUUAAUAUAUAUAUUUUAACUAUAAACGCACGCUGACGGUAACAGUGUACUGUACCAGAUUGGAGGAGCCUGAAAGGAGGCUUUGGUCAGACAAAUUGGUGGGCGUCAUUGCAGCAUGUAUUUAGUGAUUCCUUUUUUUUUAACUCUCUUCUGAUGGAUAGCUGGUGGGAAAGAGUGGGGAGGGGGGCGGGGUUAAGGUUAGUUUUUUUUUUUUUUUCCUUUUCAAAUUUUCAUUGUUAUGUAAUAGAAAAAGAACAAUUUCGUACAAAAAAUGCUUCUGUAAUAUAAAGGAAAAUUUGCACUUUGUGAAAUUUCAAAGUAAGACAGAAAAAAAGACGACUAACACUAGUUAAUGUUAAGACCCUCCCCUUGUUUUCCCUCAUCAGUCUUUGCUUUGUACUGUCAGUCCUAAUAUACUAGACUCCAAAGCUGAUCUGCAAGCUGUGUAAAUUUGAUGUACCUAAUGUACGAUUGAGCAUCCAGGUUGUGGUUUCUCUUCAUAUCCACAUGUGAGGAUUAAGAGACUGAAUCGCAGCAGCAGGUUUUUGGUUGCUUGUCGUUGAACGCUUUGGACUGAGGGGUUUCUAUUGGACACCUCAUGCACAGUAGCAGCCUGGGAACAGAAUUCUGGGAAACCAUUUUCCUUCUUUUUAUUCCGUUUCUUUUUUUUAUCUUGUUUUCUGGUGUUGCAGGGAACAAUUUUCCUUUUUUUAAAAAAAACCCUGCAUUUCCAAAAUAACAUUCCAUAUCACUUAGUGAGAAAACACACAUGAUGACUAUUGAGGGGAAGUGUUUCCUUUUUGUAUUGUUUUAGGUGAAAGGAAUAAAAAAAAAAAGCCUCAGGUCAGUCGUAGCAUGCGAUUAUGCUUAAUAUCCUCACAGCCCACGGCAGCUGACGAUGAAAGCUGUCAGGUGGGGAUCUGAAGCUGAUUUAAAACUGUCAUAUCAUUAGCUCCACAAAGGGAAGUAGUUCUCUUAGAAUUUGAUUUUUUUCCAUGUGUAACCUAUAUCAGGCUGAAUAAACUGUGUUUAUGUACAACACAUGGCUCACGCUUUUUACCUC